GUGCCACAGCUGACCCAGCACCGAACAACAGCAGAACCUCUCCAGCGCAGGACGCGGUUCUGCUGUUGACCCAGUUUCCUGCUGGGGAAAAGUGGGUCGGGGAACCUCUGUGACCCCCCCGGCAGUGAGGCUGUGGGGCUCCAGGACUCUGGUGUGGACGGAACCGGGCUGUCGGGACGGGAUGAGAAGUUUAAACGCACAGGAACCAAUUCUGGAUUCAUAGUCUGCUGAGAGCGCACGGGUCCGGCGAGAGAAAUGUCCACGCAGAGGUCGGUUCUGGCGCUGGGGAGGUGUCUCGCGUGUCUGGAGUUCAUGCUGUUUCCAGUGUGGCGGGGGAUCGGGACCAAUAACGGCGCCGGGUGGUCCCAGGGCUGGGGGCGCUGCUUGAGAUGGGACCCAGAUAGUCCAAACCAAGGGACCAGAUUCCUGAUGUUCAACUACCCCGUCUGGUUGGUGCUGUGUCGCCGCGGGCGCGCCAGGCUCAGGGAGGUGUGUCAGAGAGGGAGGGGCGCCAUCGGACUGCCCACAGACCUGCUCAGCAUCAGACUGUCCCAGGUCUUCGAAAUCCAUCAGAUUCCCAAGGUGUUCAGGGAGGACAGCAUCAUCUCGGGGUACCGUCACCCCCGGAGCUCGGCGCUGGACUGCGUCCUCAGCAGCUUCCAGAUGAACAACGAGACCAUCAACAUCUGGACGCACUUCCUGCCCACGUGGUACUUCGUGUGGCGUUUCUGCGACCUCUGCUCCAAGAUGAACUUCCUGAACGACAGCUACACCUGGCCCCUGCUGGUGUACAUGCUGCUCGUCUGCGUUUACCCCUUCACCUCCAGCUGUGCACACACCUUCAGCACCAUGUCCCCAGAGUCCCGCCACAUCUGCUACUUCUUCGACUACGGAGCCCUCAGCCUCUACAGCCUGGGUUGUGCCGUCAGUUAUGGGAGCUACGUGAUGCCCGAGUGCUGGGUGAACAGUUGGCUCCAUCAACACUUUGUUCUCAUCGCCAUCGGGAACACGCUGUUCUGUACCAGCAUGUCCUGCUAUUCCAGAUUUGUGGAGUUGCAGUUUCCAAAGAGAAGUAAAGCCCUCCGCACCGGAGCGUUCGUCGUGCCCUUUAUAUUUGACACCGUUCCUCUGUUUUACCGGGUCCUUCUGUGGUUUUGGGGAAGCUGCAGUCAGAGCGCCGCUCUCUCCAAUCACAGCUACCACCUCCUCUUCGCCUUCCUCACCUGUUUCCUGUUUACCGCUCACCUUCCGGAGCGGCUGGCCCCGGGCCGCUUCGACUACAUCGGCCACAGCCAUCAGCUCUUCCACAUCUGCGCCGUGGUGGGAACCCACUUCCAGAUGGAGGGGGUCAUCGCCGACAUGACGUCACGGAGGGCGUGGCUCCAGUCUCACGAGGUGAUGCCGUCCUUCCUCGGGACCAUCGGGGCGCUCGUGAUCAGCCUCGUCCUCAACCUGGGCGUCAUCGCCAUCUUCAGCACGCCGCUGCUAUGGAAACCUAGCUCCGCCUCCAUCCAGCCGCACGCCGCAGCCUGCGAGGGCAAGGAGCAGUAAGGGACCCCCCCCCCCCUCCAAAAUAAAAACUGAUUCCCUUUCUUGAAGAAAGGGUUAGCGGUUCGUCAGCUCCCAGUAGCGCUGCUUUAAGUUUUCUGUUUGUUUGUUUUUUUGUGCUCAGAAGCUGAAGACCCGCUCACAUUUAUUGAAUCUGUGCACGAGGGCCCGAAACAAACGGUUUGUUUCGUGGUGCUUUCUGGAAGGCUGUGGGUUGAAGGAAGCUUCUGACACAACACGCCACACUUACCGUUGACCUCCACGUCUGUUAAAAUGUGCAGAAAGCCGCUCCGAGUUCUGACGUUUUAUUAGAAACGUGCAGCAGCACAGACGACCGCUCCACCUCCACUAACGCAGAUUGGAUCACCGGCUCUUAAACGUCCAGCCGUUCCACUCGGAGCAGACGGGAAUUGAUUUUCAGAGCCGUGCGGCUCAUUUUGACUUUAUUUAUUUUAUUUUUCUGAUUGCCUGCCUCAUUACGAGCCACACAAUCCGCCCCCAACAGGGGAGGAGAAGAAAGUGUUGGUGAGGCGGUGAUUAAAAGACAGGUAGCACUUUUAUAACCCUGUUCCCAUGGCAACGCUCCUGCCCCCAAAAGGUCUUCCACAGUCUGCG